UUUUGAAUAUGAUAGCACCUAGGCGUACCUUCACAACGGAGGACAAGAAACGAUUGGCAUGGAGUCUGAACACCGUUAUUUAUUUUUCAGGCAAAUAAAAAUAUGAAGUCGAAGCCUACUUCGGCUUUGCCCAAAACAUUACCGUGUCAAGGAUUUCAUGGACAGGGGACACAAGCAAAUUUUAACAAAAGUAAACCAGUAGCACCCGUAUGGCAGAAGUUGAUCAAAAUUUAAGUGAAACUGAUGCUGAGCAACCAACCGAGAAUUUAGAGCAUGAGCAAAGAGAGGGGCACGUUGAGGAGUCAGUUGCUGGAACUGGGGAGAAGAAAUGGCCAGGAUGGCCUGGGGACAGUGUGUUUCGGAUGUUGGUUCCUGCCCAGAAGGUUGGUGGUAUAAUUGGACGCAAAGGAGAGUCUAUCAAAAAAAUUGUAGAGGAGACUCAAGCUCGAAUUAAAAUUCUUGACGGUCCUCCAGGAACUUCAGAAAGGGCUGUAAUGGUUUCUGCUAGAGAGGAACCUGAUUCAUCUCUUCCUCCUGCCGUGGAUGGUUUAUUGAGAGUUCAUAAACGGAUUAUUGAUGGCUUAGAGACUGAUUCUUCCCAUGCUCCUUUAGGUGUUGGUGAGAAGGUCUCAACAAGGCUACUAGUAUCAGCAUCUCAAGCCGGAAGUUUAAUUGGGAAACAAGGAGGAACAGUUAAAUCUAUCCAAGAAGCAUCCAAUUGUAUUGUUAGAGUUCUUGGAACAGAGGACCUGCCUCUGUUUGCUCUUCAAGAUGAUAGGGUUGUUGAAGUAGUGGGGGAUCCCACUGGGGUGCUUAAAGCGGUAGAGCUAAUUGCCUCCCGUCUGAGGAAGUUUCUUGUUGACCGCAGUGUAAUUCCAAUAUUUGAAACGAACAUGCAAAUGGCAAAUCCUCAUCCUGCAGAGCACCUGCCACCUCACCAAUCAUGGGCUCCACCUCCAAAUGUUAGUGGAGGUCCUGGUUUCGGACCUACGCAUCAAUACAUGCCACCUCCAAGACAACUUGAUAAUUAUUAUUCGCCGGCUGAAUUGCCGCCUUCAGUGGACAAACAGUCUCAUCAUGGUAUAUCUGCCUAUGGAAGAGAUGCUACUAUAGGUGUCCAUUCAUCUUCAAACACCCAAUCUGCACCUUCCAUGGUCACGCAGAUCACCCAGCAAAUGCAAAUUCCUCUGUCUUAUGCUGAUGCUGUUAUUGGAACUGCUGGGGCAAGUAUAAGCUACAUCCGUCGAAUUAGUGGGGCUACUGUUACUAUACAAGAAACAAGGGGUGUUCCGGGGGAGAUGACUGUUGAAAUCAGUGGAGCAGCUUCUCAAGUCCAAACUGCUCAGCAAUUGAUACAGAACUUUAUGGCUGAAGCUGGGCCAUCGCAGCCACAGGCUAGCGGGUCUGGUACUGACCAAGCUUUCAAUUCUUACCCCGCCGCUCCUCCGGCCUCGGCUCAUGCUUCUAACCCAGGACAUGCCGGAGGCUAUGGCUCAGCGUAUGGCACAAACUAUGGGUUCUAAGCUGGGCGGUGCAAUCUGCCAUUAGCCACACCCGAAAUGGCAGGAACCGUGGGAUUGAUGUAUUCUUUUAAUAAUUUAAAUUUUUUGUACGCCAUUAAACGAUUUGUGUCUGUUCGUAUUUGCGGUCUGAAGAACGUUUACCAGACUAAUAUACCUCGCUUCCAGCUGUAGUCACGAAUUCCAAGAAUCUAGAGUGGUUGAUGCAUCUUA